AUGGACACCAGAUCUAUCCGGACGCGCGUAGCCAACGCUUGUGAUCUCUGCAAGUUGCGAAAGAUCAAAUGCAGUGGUGCACAACCAUGCGCGUAUUGUGUGAGGCGGCGACUGCCGGACGACUGCCGUUACACCGUUUCGCGACGCCGGCUGCGGCCCCGCUCUGAUGACAUCGCCGCUCAGGACCGGGAACGCCCUUCUCCCUCGGGGAUAGCCCAUUCUGUUUCGUCACGUCACACCCGCCAUAACCGGAACCUGGAUUUAGGCCCCUCAUCUCACAGUCACCAUUCUACACCGACUCCGACGCCGUCCCAUUCCGCACCGCUUGGCGACGGCUCACCCCGCGCCUCGCUUGCACCCGUCGACCCGGCCCUGCAUUCCGGCCCCGAAGAGCCAUUGCCCCGGGACACCGUCUUUGCCACCCUCGAGGAGCACGAGGAGACCGAAGUCCCUCGCGAGGCCCGCCUUCUUUGUGACGCCCAGGGCAAGCUCAUCUUCAUCGGGGACUGCGCGCCACUGUCCUUCUUCCAAACCGUUCGGAGGCUUGUGACGACGCGUGUCGAUGCCAACGCCUUCGCCCCCGAGACCAGUGGCUACUCGGCCCUCGAGAAUGUUUAUUCGCGCCCUGGAACGUCUAGCAGCUACGGCGGGGAGCCACCGCCAAUAAAAUCGCCUACGGGACCUACCGUGUCUGCUUACCUUGACGUGACGGCAGGACUCAUCGACCUCUUCGACAACACCCGUCUUGCCGACGAUAUCGCCGCCUGGGCCGAACACACUCAGCCGCGUGACAACGCCGUCGAUGUUCCCUCGGCGGUGAAUUACCUGGUGCUCGCCAUCGGCUGCCAAAAGUCAGACGAGCACACCGCCCAGCUGUACUUUGACUAUGCCCGGAGCGUGGCCUUUGCCAGUCUCAGCGCCAAUGUGGGGGUUGCCAGUGUCCAAGUGUUCAUCCUCAUCACAAUCUACUCGCUCGGCGCAUGCCAACUCAACGGCGCUUUCCUCUUCUUUGGCAUUGCAGCCCGAGCGGCCUAUUCUAUCGGAAUCCACCGGGCGGCUGUGAAUGUUAGCACAUCCAUGGGCCGCCCACCCGCUACGUCGGACGUUGAUUGCACGGUGCCGUGCAGGGCACAGGACGACGCUGGCCACGAGAAAUUUGACUUGCUCAACGCGUCCGCCCAGAUCUUCUUGGUAAUCGAGGCUAUCGUGGUGGAGGUCUACUCGCGGCGCAAAAUCUCGCCGCGGCUGACCGAGGGCAUCUCGCGCGAGCUGCGGGAUUGGUCAACCCGCUGGCUGCACCGUCUCAAGGAUAUCGUGGACGGGACGUCACCGGAGGACCGGCCAGGGAUGGCCAACGGCGCCUGCCAGAUUCUCUCCUCGUACUACUAUGCCGUAAUCCUCGUGUCACGGCCUUUCCUCAUGGUGGAGCUGCACCGGAGGUUGUCAGAGGGUGUUGCCCUUGCCGGCGCCGGCCUCACCGGCAAGUCCAAGCUCGCCGAUGCCUGCAUCGACGCGGCCAUUCUGAUGGUCGAGCCCGUCCAGAACCUCAUCCAGCGCGGCUCCAUGACGCGGCGCGCCCCAGUCAUCAUCUCCUGGCUCUUCGCCUCAUCCCUCGUCCUCGGCGUCGGCCUGCUCGGCGGCUUCGGCCGCAUCAUCGAGAAGCACUGCCGCGCGAGCAUCGCCGCCCUCGAGUACUUUGCCCAGGCCGACGCCCACGCCCUGCAGUACUCGCUCAUCGCCAAGUCCCUGCUCGCCACCGCCCUGCUGUACCUCGAGCGCAGGGAGAUCCGCGAGCGCCGGCUGCGCGCCGAGAGCUCGGCCCAGCUGUUUGGCUUGCUCCCGAGGGGGUUGCGCGGUGGUGGUGGUAGUGAUGGUGGUGGUGCGGGUAACGAGGAUGUGGGGGGAUGGCAAAGUGGUGAUGGGGGUGCGCAGAAGGGAGGUGGGCGGUUAGGGGGGAAGGUUCGUCGCGAGGCGGGGGUGGGUGGGGAUGGUGAUGAUGGGGAGGAGGAGAGGGAACCGCGGUUUAACUUUGACUUCUUUCUGGGCUUGAACGAUACCCUCCCGACGACGCCGGGCUUUUCGUUGAUGGGCGGGGCGCUGGAUGCGGACGCCGAGGCGGAGCAGACCUUUGGCGCCCUCAAUCUCUUUCCGUUGUUGGAGACGGAUGGGCAUAUUGAUUUGGCCAACUAUUUUCUGAGUUUGUUCUUGUUUGGUUGCUAG